GGGUCCAUCCGACCACCACACUCACUCCCCAAUCCGACCGCGCCUCUCGCCACUCUCCACUUCGAGAGAGAGCUUUAGCUCGGAAUCAAUGGCGGCGGUUCUGUGCGGCGGCGGCCGGCGGCGGCGAAGGCUCGGCCUCGUCGCGGCCGUGCUGACGCUCCUCGUGGUGGCGCGGCAGAGCGUGGCGGCGAGCCCGAUAAAGACGGUGGUGGUGGUGGUGAUGGAGAACCGGUCGUUCGACCACAUGCUGGGGUGGAUGAAGCGGCUCAACCCGGAGAUCGACGGCGUGACGGGCACCGAGUGGAACCCGACCAACGCCAGCGACCCCUCGUCGGGGCGCGUCUACUUCGGCGAGGGCGCGGAGUACGUCGACCCGGACCCGGGCCACUCGUUCCAGGAGAUCCGGCAGCAGAUAUUCGGGUCCGACGACGCGUCCGGCCCGGCGAAGAUGGACGGCUUCGUGCAGCAGGCGCGGUCGCUCGGGGACAACAUGACGGCGGCCGUCAUGAACGGCUUCUCGCCGGACAGCGUCUCGGUGUACCGCGAGCUUGUCCGGGAGUUCGCCGUGUUCGACCGCUGGUUCGCGUCCGUGCCGUCGUCGACGCAGCCCAACCGACUGUUCGUGCACUCCGGCACCUCCGGCGGCGCCACCAGCAACAACCCAGAGUUGCUGGCGAAGGGGUACCCGCAGCGGACGAUCUUCGACAACGUGCACGACGCCGGGCUGUCGUUCGGCGUGUACUACCAGGACGUGCCGGCGGUGCUCUUCUACCGCAACCUGCGCAAGCUAAAGUACCUGACCAAGUUCCACCCGUUCCACGGCGCGUUCCGCGACCACGCCGCCCGCGGCGCCCUCCCCAACUACGCCGUGGUGGAGCAGCACUACAUGGACUCCAAGUCCCACCCCGCCAACGACGACCACCCCUCCCACGACGUCUUCCAGGGCCAGAUGCUCGUCAAGGAGGUCUACGAGACGCUCCGCGCCAGCCCGCAGUGGAACCACACGCUCCUGCUCAUCACCUACGACGAGCACGGCGGCUUCUUCGACCAUGUCGCCACCCCCGUCAAGGGCGUCCCCAGCCCCGACGGCAUCGUCGGCCCCCCGCCCUAUAACUUCACCUUUGAUCGCCUCGGCGUCCGUGUUCCCACCAUCGCCAUCUCCCCCUGGAUCGACAAGGGCACCGUUGUUCACGGGCCAAACGGAAGCCCAACCUCGACGUCGGAAUACGAGCAUUCGUCGAUCCCUGCGACCGUGAAGAAACUCUUCGAUCUGCCACAGGAUUUCUUGACGAAAAGAGACGCCUGGGCUGGUACCUUCGAGAGCGUCGUGCAGACCAGAACUGAGCCAAGGACGGAUUGCCCAGAGCAACUCCCAAUGCCGACGAGGAUACGGCUGACGGAGGCGAACGAGGAGGCGAAGCUGAGUGAGUUCCAGCAGGAGCUCGUGCAGCUCGCGUCGGUGCUCAACGGGGACCACCAGCUGAGCGGCCUGCAGGACAUGAUCAGGGACAGGAUGAACGUCAGGGAAGGCAUCGCGUACAUGCGUGGCGCUGUAAAGAGCUUCUUCGAGGCCGGCAUGUCAGCCAAGAGGAUGGGCGUCGACGACGAGCAGAUCGUCAAGAUGAGGCCAUCGCUCACCACAAGGACGUCCCCUGCGAUUGAGCAACCAUAGAAAGAAAGAAACAGAGGAAAAAUAAGCAUACGGAUAAUUUAUAUAUAUGCCGAAAAUCAUAGUGCUUGCAUAUACAUGAGCCAGCAAGGAGUGCUUGUGCUAGAAUUAGUUAAGAGUUCUCAUGGAUCGAUUUAUAUACAUGGCCGGGCUGUACAAAAUAAUGAAACAUUAAUCGUUGGCUUAGUAUAAAGAUCGAUCUGAAACUUUGCAGUGUC